AUGGGUAACCCAUGGGUCCCGUGGUUAGGAGAGCUACUGUUAUUUAUCAUGGCCGCUCAAUCAGUCUUCAAACCAGCAAUGCCUCCAGUGAUCAACGAUCAGCCUUUCAACAUUUUCUGGGCUGCCUCAACAAUAUACUGCAAGAAUUUCUUCAAUGUGAAUAUGAAUCUUGACGUAUUUAACAUUAUAUCAAACCCUUUAGAGACACAAAGUGGAUCAACUGUUACCAUAUUUUAUCCAAAUGAAUUGGGAUAUUAUCCUUAUUUCUCUCAAAACGGAAAAUCCUUUAAUGGAGGGAUACCACAGAACACGAGCCUUUUUGAACACCUUCAGAAAGCUGCCAAUGACAUUGCAAAAGCUAUUCCUUCGUGGUGGUCCGAAGGACUGAUUGUCAUUGACUGGGAAAACUGGAAGCCCCAGUGGGAUAGGAAUUGGGGCAAUAGAAUAGUAUUCAAGAACCACUCCCUAGCCCUCACCAGACGCCAGCAUCCCGAUUGGUCGGAUUCAGAAGUGAGAACAGCUGCCCGACAGGAAUUUGAAAGUGCUGGCAAGAGUUUUAUGAAUGUUACCCUUGCCCUCGCAUCAGAAAUGAGACCCAAAAGUUUAUGGGGCUUUUAUCUCUAUCCGGACUGCUACAAUUACGAUUACAUAAUAAAUCCAGCGACCUACACAGGUAGUUGUCCAGAAGAUGAAAUUCUCCGCAAUGACCAGCUCCUAUGGCUGUGGGAGAAAAGCACAGCACUUUAUCCUUCAAUAUACUUGAGUAAAGUACUAAAGUCAAGUUUAAAUGCACUGAGAUUUGUUCAUCAUCGAGUCAGGGAAGCCAUGAGAAUUGCUGAAAUGGCUAGACAUGACUAUGUUUUGCCAGUUUUUAUUUUUUCCAGGCCAUUUUAUUUGCAUAGUAUUGAAGUUCUGUCAGAGGAGGACUUGGUGCAUACAAUUGGUGAAAGUGCUGCACUGGGGGCAGCGGGAGUAAUAUUAUGGGGAGGAUAUGAAUAUUCUGCUUCAAAGGAUACCUGCCUGUCAGUGCAGCAAUCCGUUCAAGGUCCAUUGGGUUCCUAUGCUGUGAAUGUCACGUCUGCGGCAGAACUCUGCAGUGAAAGUCUCUGUAACAAUCAUGGGAGAUGUGUUCGAAAAACCCUCGAAGCCUCCUGUUAUCUGCACAUGCCUGGAAACAGCAAUAAAAAGUUCAUGCCAAACAAGAGCUUCAGGUUUGUCACUUCAAAACAAAGUAAACUGAAAACAAUCACAGACAUGAAGAAUGGAUUUGGUUGUCACUGCUACUAUGGCUGGCACGGAGACUCCUGCCAAUAUCGCUCUCCGGAUCUGUUGAGUCAAAAGAACAAAGCUCCUGACACUGACUUCAACUCACAAGUGUUUCUUGGAAUGAAUUUAUCUGGAAUUCUGCUAAAGAUUUUUUAUUUCCUAUUCUUAUUCCAGUUUUGUCCUGAAAUACUGAAGACUAUAAACUGUUGA